GGUGCACCUCCCUUUCUCCAUGUCAAAAUCCUCGGGUUACGCUAAGUGUUUUCAGGAGGAACAGCUGGAGGAGCGCAGACAUCCUUUAAAUAUCUAGACGGUCCACGGACAAAGCUGUCGGCUAAAAGCUUCUAACCAGGGUUACUGUGGCCAGAAUGCUGACAGAAGAUGGAUGCUCCUGAGUACCUGGAUUUGGACGAGAUUGAUUUCAGCGAUGAUUUAGCUUAUGCCUCAAAGAACAUUCCAGAGCUUUGUCGCAGAAAUGAUAACCAGAGUGAGGAGAGACAAGUUCCGGGUAUCAACUGGAGUCGAAAUGUAUCAUCGCAUAGUGGGAAUGGAAUCAAACCCACUGGCAUUGCUGAUGUGUACAGCAAAUUUAGGCCUGUUAAACGUGUCUCUCCCCUCAAACACCAACCGGAGAUCCCUGACGGUGAGUCAGACAGAAAGGGCCCGGGUCAAAAUGACAGUGGAAACAAAGAAGAAUCGUCCGUCAAAACCUCCCAAGAUAACGUGUCCUCCUGUGAUGUCCAGAGCAUCAAAAACAAAGGCGUGGCAAAUGGAGGUCUUUUCGGGGAGCUGGAGCACUACGAUUUGGACAUGGAUGAGAUCCUGGACGUACCUUACAUUAAGUCCAACCAACAAAUGGCCACCCUCCCUAGAGUGGCUUCAGAAAAGAGGGCAUUGGGUAACAGCAGCACUGAUAGGUUCCAUGGUGUCAAGACUUCCACGCAGACCCACCCUGACUUGGGGGGUAUGACGCAAUAUUGCGUCCUUUCGCCCGUGAAGUGGCCCGACAUGAGAAAGUCAAAAUCCAUGGAUCCGGACUAUCUCCGUGCACAGACGGUCGGAUACGAGCUCUCUCCUAAUUCUCUCCACUGUUCCUCCACAUCAGAAGCGGACAAACUCUUACCUAAUAGAAGCUACCCUGAUACCCCAACUCAUAAAGCAGGCAGUGAGACACCAGGGAGCCAGCCCUUAAUGUUCCCUCUACAAGGGUGUGCUGGGAACAGACAGGACACAGGCAAGUCUUGGAGCAAUUCAAGAAUGUAUGGAGAAUGUGAUGAAGAGACAAAGAAGUCCCAGAAUAUUAUCAACAUUGUUCGCGAGGGCCAGAUCUCUCUUUUGCCUCAUUUUGCAGCGGAAAACUUAGAGCUAAUCCGCGAUGAAGGAGGGAACAACCUGCUCCAUAUCUCUGCAGCACAGGGCCAUGCUGACUGUCUGCAGCAUCUGACCUCUCUCAUGGGUGAGGACUGUCUCAAUGAACGCAACAACGAUCAGCUCACUCCUGCUGGGCUUGGCGUUAAGAAUGGACAUCUGGAGUGUGUGCGUUGGAUGGUGAGUGAAACUGAGGCCAUCGCAGAACUGAGCUGUUCCCGUGAUCAUCCCAGUCUGAUACAUUACGCAGCGCGCUACGGGCAGGAAAGGAUCCUGUUGUGGCUUCUUCAAUUUAUGCAAGAGCAGGCGAUCUCUCUGGAUGAAGUGGACCAGUAUGGAAACAGCGCCGUGCACGUUGCCGCCCAGUACGGCCAUCUGGGCUGCAUUCAGACACUUGUGGAAUAUGGCUCCAAUGUCACAGUUCAGAACCAGCAGGGAGAGAGGCCUUCCCAGACUGCCGAGCGGCAUGGUCACACCACCUGCUCUCGGUACCUGGUAGUGGUGGAGACCUGUAUGUCAUUGGCUUCCCAAGUGGUCAAGCUAACUAAACAACUCCAUGAACAAAGCACAGCGAGAGUGGCUCUACAGAAUCAGGUCAAGCUGCUUAUGGAAGGUUCAGACACUCAUGGUAGACCACGAUCACCAAGUGCCUUUGCCCCCCCUGUGGAUGCCUGGCCUGAAAUGACCCUCACUGCAGAGGUUGCCCCUGGUGAUGGACAGUGGGUACUCAGGCAGAGGAACGUGGACUCAGACUCUGUCCUGCGGAAACUACUUGGGAAGGACAUUGCUGACAGAGUGAGUGCCAAGGAGAAGCUGUCCCUGGAGUUCCAGGAGGGGGCAGCAGAGGGCGGCGCUAGAGGAGCGGACUCUGGGCCUGGGAGGAGACUGGGUGUGGUGGAGCGUCGUGAACUGAAGCUGGCCCGACUCAAGCAGAUAAUGCAGCGUUCUCUCAGCGAGUCCGACUCAGACGCCUACCCGCCAGAGGAAUCCAAACACGUACGUCCGGAAAGACCGAACCAGCUGCCCAUCGCGGAGCAGGAGGAGCCUCUUACAGGUUUGAACUUAUUGAUGAAAAAGCAUAGCUCCACUACUGAUCGCAAGUUCUUGUUUGCAAGCAGGACUUCCAAAUCUGUGGAUGGAUACAACCCCUCACCAACAUCUGACAACAGCGACCUAGAUCACGAAAUAAAAACUGGGGACCCCGCUGGGGAUUAUGCUGAUCACAAGGUCGCGACAAGUCCCAAAAGUGCCCUCAAAUCCCCGUCUUCCAGGAGAAAGACUUCUCAAAACUUAAAACUUAGGGUCACUUUUGAUGAGCCGGUCGUCCACAAGGACGGGCAAGGCGUCGAGACCAAAGGUGCGUCCCUUAAAGAGGGCGAGAAAGUAUCGGUCAGGACUACCGAACCCGGGGAAACGUGGAAGCGACCUUUCGGAACGUUCCGGUCCAUCAUGGAAACGUUAAGCGGCAAUCAGAACAGUAACAACAAUAAUCUCCAGGCCGCAUCUGUGGUCAAACACUCAAAUUCUAGUGUAGCACAGGGUCAAUCUGGGAAGAAAACUGAAGCAAAAUCCAGUCAAGGAGGUCAGUUUAAGUGCAAGAACAAAACAAGUGCUGUUUAAGUGCCCUACUCUCAAGACAGUGGGAGAGCAGUGCCCCAUCGCCUCUCUAUUGCAGUGUUUGGUUCGGCACUUGAAUGUUUUUUUUAAGAAUGGGUGGACAUAGUUUUGGAGCGACUCAAUUAUCUACAACUGUUUUAUUAGGAUAAAUUAUAUUGACAAAUUCAGGACAUUUUGAAGGAUUUUGAAUCAUGCACUUGUUAACGCCUAAUAAAAUAAUAACACUUGAUUUCGGAGAGCACUCAUCAGUACACUAUUUUAUUUGGAACCACUGUAUGUUACAAAGAAAAAAAAAAUAAUGAUAAAACACUUUUUUUUUGUAUUUCUGCAUAGUUUAUAUUAAGUAUUAGUCAUUGUCAGUGAAAGUGUUGGACUUCUGUUCAAAUGCUGUGACUUUAAACAGGCCAUGUUCUCAUUCCAGUGCCAUGCCUCACAGUCUGUGUGAAGCAGAAGUAGGUGGAGUCUUCUCAUUGGUUACUUUUAGCGUUAGAACUAUGAAUGCAAAACAAGCCUUGAGUAAUUGUUUGAUGACUUAUUUACAUGUCUUGAAUAUGAAUGUUUUUUGAUUAUUGCAUUCCUGUCAUUACAUUAUUACAUUAUGUCAUAUUUCUGAAAAAAAAAAAAAAUGUGUGAAACAGAUCAAGCAUGGACCGGAAUGGGCCCACAUUUUUACAGAUGAUAACUUGAUUAUUCAGUGAAUGGUUAAUAUGCAGUAUCUUAUACACAGAUCUCUGAUUACGUAUAAUUUCUCAUCUUCCUAAUUUCACAAAUACAGUUGGAUAAAAUGAAUAUGUAAUCUUUAAUGUUUUAUGUGUUUCACAACAAAUGUAUGUCUUUAUAAUUUAUAUAUGCAGUCUGAAUGCAAGAAACAUAUUA